AUGACUGACGAAAAGAUUGUACUAGGACAAAAAUCUCGUUCUAGUAAAGGAAAACCCGAUGGAGAAAUCAAGUUUGGAUAUAGUUUAAUGAAGGGGAAGGCUAAGCAUCCAUUGGAGGAUUAUCAUGUUGCUAAGCUCAUCAACGUCGAAGGCAAUGAACUUGGUUUAUUUGCAAUCUUUGAUGGUCAUAAAGGUGAUCAAGUAGCUGCUUAUUUGCAGAAACAUCUCUUCUCCAACAUCCUUAAAGAUGGAGAGUUCUUGGUUGAUCCUCGAAGAACGAUAGUAAAAGCUUAUGAGAAUACAGACAAAGCGAUUUUGUCGGAUACUAGUUCGGAUUUAUGGAGUGGUGGUUCAACCGCAGUGACUGCUAUUUUGAUAAAUGGGAAGGUUAUGUGGAUAGCUAAUGUGGGUGAUUCAAGAGCCAUUGUGUCUCGUAGAGGUAAAGCAACGCAGAUAAGUGUUGAUCAUGAUCCUAAUACUGAUGCUGAAAGGAGUAUGAUCGAGAGUAAAGGUGGAUUUGUAACCAACAGGCCAGGUGAUGUUGCUCGAGUGAAUGGUAUAUUAGCUGUGUCUCGUACCUUUGGUGAUAAGGACCUCAAAGCGUUUAUGAAUAGAGAGCCUGACAUUAAGGAUGUCAAAAUUGAUAGCCACACAGAGAUUCUUAUUUUGGCUAGUGACGGUAUUUCAAAGGUGAUGGCAAACCAAGAAGCAGUUGACAUAGCUUUGAAGUUUAAAGAUCCAAAGAAAGCGGCUAAACAACUAGUUGUUGGAGCAUUGAAAAGAAACAGUAAAGAUGACAUAUCUUGCAUUGUUGUCCGGUUUAAAUAGAUGAUAGAUUCAGCUUAUGUGAUUCUUGUUUGGGUCCGGCUCAGUUUGUUCUGAUUCUUGGUACGUUUGCAGUCUCAAAAUGUUAGGAGUUUAGUUUGACAAACCAGAUAACAUCUUAUCAUAUAAAAAAACAAAAUAGAAAUUUGAUUAAUAAUUUAGUCUUGAAGAUAUAUUCUUGGAAUAAUGAAUAACUGAUCUAUUUGAUACUCUAUUUUUCUUUGAUACAUGUUUUAUACAUUUUCUUCCAUAUAGUAUAACCAGUGUUUUGAAAUCCAACCAGAUCUGUGGUCGAACCGGUAAAUCCGGUGAUCCAAUAUAUAAUCCGGUUUGAGUUUUUGGCAAAAUCCACUAUUUAAAAAUUUGGUAAAAUCCACAAAAAACCGUUUAAACCCGGAAUCCGGCUUCCGGUUGAACCAAUACCAUAUAACUGAAAAAUAAUCAAUCAUUCCAUAUGCAUUCCACAUCAGUAGGCUUACAAUUUUACAAGGCUUUUAUAAAAGGCCUAAAUAUAGGCCCAUGAGGCUUUCAGAAAAGCAGUAUGUUUUAUAACCUACGUAGGGUUUUCGAAGCAAGAAGUUAGAGACCGCCUCUAAUAUAAUACCAAAUGCUAUGCAAACAUCAUAUACAAUCAAUCACAAGCGUUUAUGCUCCAAUGUCAAUAGUUCUAUGUUCUCGUUUAAUAUUUUCAUUAGAUUCUGAGCUUUGUUAUGUAUAAGGAAGAAAGAUAUGCCUCUUCUUUCAGCAGCAAGAUACAUUCUUGUUAGCUUUGUUCUGGAGGCAAAUAUCAAUUCACCAUCACGAGAGGGCUUUUAUUAUUUGCAAAGAUUUUUCUCUCUCUGCAAAU